CGCUGCUGCGUCACGGCCCCGCGCUGCUGCCGCCGGUUCGGCCCCGCUCGGCCCCGCUGCUGCCGCCAUGGCAACCGAACCGGGGCCCCCCCAACCGCGCCCCCCCCGCUGCCCCCCCCGUUUUUGGGAGGGUCAGGACGUCCUGGCUCGCUGGACCGACGGCCUCCUCUACCUGGGCACCAUCAAAAAGGUCGAUCCCGGCCGCCGGGGCUGCCUGGUCCAAUUCGAGGACAAUUCCCAAUUCCUUGUCUUAUGGAAGGACAUCAGCCCAGCCGCUGUCCCAGGCGAGGAUCAAUCCUGUUGCGUCUGCUCCAGCCGAGCCCUGAACCCCCAAAACCUCUUGGUUCGCUGCUCCAAAUGCGGCCAUGCCUACCACCAGCAAUGCCACCACCCGGCCGCGCUCCCGGGGGGGCCCUGGAUGUGCCGUCGCUGUGUCUUCGCCGUGGCCACCAAAAGAGGGGGGGCCCUCAAGAAGGGUCCCCAUGCCAAAGCGAUGCUCAGCAUGAAGGUGGUGCUGCCCUAUCAGUUGAAGGCGUUGGAAUGGGACCCCCCCCACCUCGCCAAUCGCCAGCAGUGUUAUUGCUAUUGUGGGGGGCCCGGAGAGUGGAACCUGAAGAUGCUCCAGUGCCGAGGAUGCUCCCAAUGGUUCCAUGAAGCUUGUACCCAAUGUCUGAGCAAACCUCUGCUCUACGGCGACCGGUUCUAUGUCUUCGAGUGCUGCGUCUGCACCGGGGGGGCUGAGAGUGUCCGGAGGCUGCCGCUGCGGUGGGUGGACGUCGCCCAUCUCCUCCUCUACCACCUGAGUGUGUGCUGCAAGAAGAAGUACUUCGACCUGGAGCGGGAGAUCCUGCCCUUCGCCAAUGCCAAUUGGGAUGCGCUGCUGCUGGGCCAGCUGGCGGAGACCCCCAAAGGGGAGCGCUAUGGGCUGCUGCUGGGGGCGCUCAGCGCCCAUAAGGACAGGUUCAUCUCGGGUCGGGAGAUCAAGAAGCGCAAAGGCCUCUUUGGGCUCCACAACCGGGACCCCCCCCCCGGUGCCCCCCACUUCUAUGGGGGGGUCCCCACCAGAUCCCAGCACCCCCCCCUCCCUCCCCGACACCAGGGCCCCCCCAAACUGAGCACCAUAAGGAGGGUCUCUUACAGCCCCCCCCCAGCACAGCAUAAAGGGGGGUCCCGCCGGAGACCCCCCCCGCGCCGGACCCAGGGACCCCCCGGUGGCUCCUACAACUUCAGAAGGACCGAGGCGCGGUGCCCCCCCAGCGCCCCCAUCCGGAUGUUCGCCUCCUUCCACCCAUCGGCCAACACGGCCCCAAGCCUCAGCUCCAGCCCGGACCCCGAAAGCAGCGACAGCCCCGAGCCCCGCCCCCCGCGCCGCAACCCCGCCCCCUCCGCCCCCCCCACGCGGGUCCUGGCGCGCCGCGUGACCCUCGACGGCACCGUCCAAUACCUGGUGGAGUGGGGGGGGGGAGGGAUGCUCUAAAGCCCCCUCCCCCCCCAACCCCCAAAUUUGGGGGGGGACCCCCACAAAAAAUAGGGGGGACCCCCCUUAAAAAACCCGCCCCCCCCCAUUUUGAGUGGAAAAAAAAGUUUAUUUUUAUCAUUCUUUAAGAUAUUUAAAGGGGGGGGGGGGGGGAAAGGCCUGGGACACCCCCCCCCCCACAAUAAAAAGCUCCAGGGCA